GGAAGAGAGCCCGACCAAGAGAAGUGAAAAAAGAGGAUUGGAUGUUGAUGCGCUCCAAUCAUAUAUUGCCGACUUCUACACAUUCUCCGUUUUGUACGAAGUACCUAGGUUGGAUUGACCAAAGUAACCCGUGCUGCUGUCCUGGUCGAAGAUAGUCUUUUGUGUAUGUAAACUUGGUACUCAGCGAACUAGUAAUAACCCCGCCGACACUCUCCAGUUAAUCUACGAAGCGGAUUCUCGUGGGGUUUGGAAGCAGCGUUCCCCAUUCAUCAUCUCAUGUGGAUGCUUGGUUCCGACCUCGGAUAUGCAGUCCUCGUUUUUUUACUUCCAAGUCCUCUCGGAGACUUAAGGCUUGUUCAUGAAUCAAUCAUUGAUUGGCAAUCUCACACAUGUUGUCUCGCCGAGAAGAGUUCUUGGAUAACUUCAUCUAAAGCAACACUAUUGCUGGUUCUCUCCCCCCUGCCCAUGAUAUAUUGUUUGAUCCUUCACAUCACCGUCACCCCACAUUUUACCCCGCAUUGCAAUAUCUACCAUCCAAUAUAUCACUAUGCCUCCCAUUCCUCGGCCACUCCUGAGGUUGGCUAUUCUUGAUGAUUAUCAAGGAAUCGCCUCCAAACAUUUCGAGUCACUCAAGUCGACCUUUGAGAUUACCGCGUUUCCAGAUACUCUUCUACCCUACAAUGACCCUUCAACCCCGGAAGAUGUUAAAAAUCAGCUGGUGGAGAGGCUCAAGCCAUUCACAAUCAUCUCAUCGAUGAGAGAACGGACUCCCUUUCCUGCAUCACUCCUAGAAAAACUUCCCAAUCUUAAACUCCUCCUCAAUGCAGCAAGCAGGAAUAAGGGCAUUGAUAUGGAAGCCGCCAAGAAACUUGGAAUUACUGUCACCGGUGCCUCGGGGAAACCAAAAAGAGGACCAGAUAGCACCACGCAACAUGCUGUUGCAUUGAUUCUAGGAAUUGCGAGAAAUGUCGCCUGGGAUGAUAAAACAGUCAAGGAAGGUGGCUGGCAAACAACGUUAGCAACUGGGCUGAGUGGGAAGACUUUUGGAACUUUGGGACUAGGUAGAUUGGGCACGAAUGUAGCCAAGAUCAUGUAUUCGGCAUUCGGUAUGAAGAUUAUAGCAUGGAGCUCAAGUUUGACUCAAGAAACCGCGGAUCAACAGGCGAGAGACUGUGGUUUUGAUACCGAGGAUGAGAAUGGAGAAAAGGUGUUCAAGGCUGUGAGUAAGGAAGAAUUGUUCUCGACAGCCGACGUGGUCAGUGUGCAUUUGGUCUUGAGUGAUCGUUCGAGAGGAAUAGUAGGUGAAGAGGAACUGGAUCUGAUGAAGAAGAGUGCUUUGUUUGUCAACACGUCGCGAGGACCUCUUGUUCAACAGGAAGCCUUGCUGGAUACUUUGCAAAAGGGGAGAAUUCGUGGGGCUGCAUUGGAUGUCUUUGAUCUAGAGCCUUUGCCAGAAGAUAGUCAGUGGAGAAGCACAAAAUGGGGAGAGAAUGGAAGCAGCAAAGUCUUGUUGAGUCCACAUAUGGGUUACGUGGAAGAGGGUACUAUGAAUGAUUGGUAUGAAGUACAAGCCGAGAAUGUUCAGAGGUGGCAUGAGGGAAAAGAGUUGACACAUGUACUGGCUUAGAUGAAAGGUAGUCUCACCCUGUAGUAAUGAAUCUUCCUGUAAUCGAUAGUGCGAUAUAGUGGUGAAUGGAUGAGAAUAAGAGGAACCAGAAUAUUUUAUGCAAAUGCCGCUCCUCGCCGUCGUUAUUUUGCCCUAUUUGUAUAGGUGUCUGUCUAGUAAUCUAGCUCUAGUAAAACUUAGACAUAAUUACUUUUUCA